AUGAACAUCUUUUCAUUUUAUUUUCUUUGUGUUUUCGUUUAUUAUCCAUUGAAUGCCCUACAAAAUCAAACCAAUCAUAAGAAACAAAAUUUAGUUAAACAAGCACAGUUAUAUGAUCGAGCUGACGAUUCAAACAAUAAGUUUGAUGCAGGUCAACUUAUUUUAGCAAAUGAUGGAAAUAUAAAUAGUGUGGAAGGAAGUGGACAAGAAGGUAGUAGUAACCUUGAUGAGGAUUAUGAAGAUGACGAGACACUAUUUAAAACAACAACUGUGAGUCGAAACAGAUACAAUUUAACUACAACCGCAGUUAAAAUAUCUUCUACCACUACAAAUAAAUGGACAAAAUCAACCAUGAAAACGGUGAAUAAUUCAAAUGACGGAGACGAUGAAUUCAAAGAGGAAGAUUAUGAUGAUCAAGACCACAGUGAAGAUGAUGAAGCUGAUUAUUACGAGGGUGAAAAAACGCUUUCUUCAAAAAUGUCGACAACAUCAUACAUAAUGAAAACUACAACAUCAAAUAAUCAUGUUGUUCAUCAUACACCGAUAUGGGUAUUAUUCAGUUUCUUAACAAGACCACCAAUAGCGGCUGGAAUAUUAUGCGGCGAAAAAUCAUUCUCUUCGUAUACAACAGGAUUACUGUAUCCAAAUCAAUAUGGCUAUUCAAAAAGUCCACAAGAAUUUUAUGCUUAA